CUUCCUUCCUUUCCUAAAACACCGUUUCUGACUCUUUCGCUUCUUGUUUCAAUCCAAAUCUCCAAAACUUUUUCAAACCCAAAUGGCUCCCAGGGACAGACCCGGCUCCGUCAACCCGGAUCCGAACUCCAAGGAGAUCCGAUACAGAGGCGUGAGGAAGCGUCCAUGGGGUCGCUACGCAGCCGAGAUCCGCGACCCGGGGAAGAAGACCCGAGUCUGGCUCGGCACUUUCGACACGGCCGAAGAGGCGGCGCGUGCCUACGACGCCGCAGCUCGCGAGUUCCGCGGUGCUAAGGCCAAAACAAACUUCCCAAGCCCUUCCCCAAACAACUCCUCCACCCGUAGCCCUAGCCAGUGCAGCACCGUCGACUCCUCUUCCCCGCCGCCUCCGCCACUCAACCUCACUCUCGGCGUAGCCUCCUCAGCCACCUCUCAGUUCCCUAUCGUGGCGGCGCGUCCCGUUUACUUCUUCAACGCGUUCGCGAACAUGAGCGAGAACCACCGCGAGCUGUGCAGGUUCGUUGGUGGUGGUGGGGGUGGGAGUGCGACCCACAGCGACUCAGAUUCGUCCUCCGUCGUUGAUUUUGAUCAUACUCGAAGGUUCCUGGAUAUCGACCUCAACAACCCUCCUCCGCCGGAGGUUGCCUGAUGAUCUCGCCGAAUUUUCUUCUCCACCGGUGAAGAUCCCGAGUUUCCUUUCUUUCAGAUCGUUUUAGCUUCACUAUUAGUCCCACGCCGUUUUUGGCUUUGCGAUUGAAAGUAACAGAGAAAAACCAAAAAAAAAGAAAAGAGAAAGAGUUAUGUUUUCUUUUUUUUUCUUUAGGCAAAUCUAGCUGACGUGUUGUACGGAAUGGCUGAUGAUAUAUGAUGUACAUAGAUAUAACCAAGAUGAAGAUCUCGCCCAUAUUUUUGCAACUGAGAAAAACCCAUCGUGGGUUUGCUUCUUGUUGUUUCUACUAGCAUUAUUGUUACUGUUGGUAUUUUAAUUAUAAUGUUAAAAUCCUUAAUUGAAAAUCAGUGAUCUUCUUUUCUU